UCCCUCACUACACCCAGGGCUGGAGAUAAAGUAGACCGAGCCUCUCUCCUCCCACCUUUUAGUGCAGCUAGCCGGAGUACAGGACGUAUCCCUGCUCAAACCCACGGAAAGAGAGGCAGACGGAGGAGUCAGCCACGCUGAAAGCAGGACGGCUAUUUUUCGCUUACUCCAAACCAGCCCAGUAGCUCGCUGUUUUUUCUUUUGUUCUCGUUGUAAAACUUCGGCUUUGUCAGCAGUUUGUCCCCGUUUGGGCUCAACUUUUUACCGAGCGGACAGAAAACAAAUGAACGUUCCCUCAGAAACACAGGAGCAUUUGGAACCAGUGGGAUGUUAGCUGUGGCUGAGACAGCAGGAGUGCCUGAAGGAGCAUGGUGAAACACCAACCCCUCCAAGUCUAUGAGCGCCAGCUGUGCUUGUCAUGCAUCACUGGGAUCUAUGGGUGCAGGUGGAAACGUUAUCAGAGGUCACAUGAUGACACCACCAAGUGGGAGCUUCUGUGGUCUCUCAUCCUCCUCCUCACCUUCUUCCUGCUGUUCGUCUGGUCCUACUUCUGGUGGGAGGCGGACAAUGACUACAACGAGUUCAACUGGUUUCUGUACAACCGCUCUGGGGAGUGGACUGAUGGAACUGUUCCCAUCCUAGCCACAACUGCUGCCGGCUUCACCUAUGUUUCAUUUUUAAUGGUUUUAGCACUUUGCCAUGUUGCACUUGGGCAACAGUUGAAUUUGCACUGGCUUCAUAAGAUAGGAGUAACUGCAGCUUUGCUUACCACCAUUAUUGGGAUCGUAUCAGUCAAUCAAACAUGGGGACAAGAGUGGGAUGUCGUCCCCAUCUCGCUGCAGGCUACGGGUCCCUUCCUGCACAUAGGGGCCCUGGCUGCAGCCACAGCUCUGUCAUGGAUUGUAGCUGGACAAGUCGCUAGAGCAGAAAAAACAAUCUUUCAGGUGGUGGUUGUGCUGCUGUACCUCAGUAUGUUACUAGGACUCUAUUUUCUGCCACUUUACAUCACCUCCCCGUGCAUUAUGGACCCCAGCUCACUUAAACCGCGGCCGGAGGUUUUCGGGCAUCAAGGAGACCCCAUGCUGGCUCCAGAGAACACACUGCUGUCCUUCCAGCGAGCACUGCAAAUGAACGUCACUGGACUGGAGGCUGAUGUAACCAUAAGUAUGGACGGCGUACCCUUCCUUAUGCGUGACCUUACCCUGCGGAGAACCACAGAUGUGGAAAAGCUUUUCCCUGACAGGGAGAGAAAUAAAGCUUCACAGUUUAACUGGACAGAUCUGCAGCAGCUCAAUGCAGGACAGUGGUUCCUCAAGUAUGAUCCCUUCUGGACUGUAAACAAAAUGUCGCUACGGGAGAAGAAUCUAACCGCCAAGCAGAGCGUGUGCAGCCUGGAGCAGCUUCUAAGGCUGGCCUCCUUUCACAACAGUACAGUUGUUUUCAGGUUGCGAAGGCCUCCUCCGGAGCAUCCCUGCUACACCACAUGGAUCAAUGAUACGCUGCAAGUAGUGCAGCAAUCUGGAGUUCCUCAAAGCCUGGUGAUGUGGACACCUGAUGAUGAAAGAGCUCAGGUGAAAAGGUUUGCUCCUGGUUUCAUCCAAACGUCGUUGGUUAAACGUACACCUAAAGAUCUGCAAAGUUCCGGCAUCAGCAGGCUGCUGCUUAGAUACAACCAAGUCAACACCAAUGACAUCACAGAUUACUCCAGGAACAACAUCAGCCUUACUUUGUACACUGUCAACGAGCCGUGGCUCUACUCAGUGCUGUGGUGCAGCGGGGUGGCAUCGGUCUCCUCAGAGGCCCCACAUAUCCUCAAAAAGGUGCCUUAUCCCAUCUGGCUAUUGAGGCCAAAUGAAUACUGCCUGAUGUGGGUGUCUGCAGACCUAAUUUCCUUCGCUGUCGUCAUCGGAAUAUUUAUUUUGCAAAACUAUCACACGAUCAGGUAUCGAAUGAGUGGCAUGCGCAGCUACAAUCCGGAGCAGAUCAUGCUGAGCGCAGCGGUCAGGACGUCCAGCCGAGACAUCAACGUCAUGAAGGAGAAACUCAUCUUCUCAGUUCAACCCCAGUAAUGGGUCACCCUCCAGCAUCCUUUGUGUGACGUGUCGCCUGACCAUCCUACCUCAUCCGUUCUCUUCGCAGGCAGUGACUGUCUCUUUUCCACCCAUACAUUUUCCAUUGCUUUUUAAACCUGUCCGCCCACUUUGCCUGCUGUUUCCCUUUAAUCCAUGCCUCCAUCCUUCCAUGUCUGUUCGCCUCCCCAAACCUCCUACUGCAACAUAGUGUAGGAGAUGUUUUUGUCUAGAGAAGCUCUAGUC